CCCAAAGCCAGAGACGUUUCCCCCCCGCCCCGGGGGACGCCCGGGACCGGAGAUCGGAGCCCCGGCGCCCGAGCCGGAGGGAUGGCCGCCACCUUGGGCCCCCGGGUCCACGCUCCCGUAGAGCAAGAAGGCCUUUUUAUCGUGAAGGUGGAGGAGGAGUCCGCCUGGGAGCAGGAAGCCCCCGCCGAGAAGGGUGAGCCCAACCCGGAGACUUUCCGCCAGCGCUUCCGGCAGUUCCGCUACCGGGAAGCGGCCGGGCCCCACGAGGCCUUCAGUCACCUCUGGGAACUCUGCUGCCGGUGGCUGAGGCCCGAGCUCCGCACCAAGGAGCAGAUCCUGGAGCUGCUGGUGCUGGAACAGUUCCUCGCCGUCCUGCCGGGGGGGAUCCAGGCCUGGGUCCGGGAGCGGUGCCCGGGGAGCGGGGAGGAGGCGGUGGCUCUGGUCGAGGACUGGCAGAAGCGGCCCGGGAGACCCCGGCAGCAGGAGAGGACCAGAGUGAUAACAGCAGGGCAGGAGUGAGGGGCAUUGGCAGAGGUAUGUGGGAGAAGGUCGCUUAACUCACUGGUCUCGUCCAUCCGGGGGCUGUUUGUCUCGCAGGGACCUCUAACCUGCCGAUGACCGAUCCGCUGCGGGUGUGGCGCUCCCCUAAGCCCCUCACCCUGCUU